UAAUUAGCGGUUUACUUAAAAAAAACUAUAUAUAUUGUCAAAAGGCCUUCCCAAAGCCCUGCCCUAACUUUUUGUUGGAGAAUGGAAACCCUAGGAGAAGAAAAAUCUACAACGUCGAUGGUUGUUAAUCGAUCGUCCAAGAAGCCAAAGAUUUCAGAACUCCCAAUUGACGUCAUUGAUGGCAUUCUCUCCAGACUUCCUGUCAAAUCCAUACUCCAAUGCAAAUCCGUCUCUAAACCAUGGCUCUCGCGCAUCUCCGAUCCAUUAUUCACCAAACUCUACUUCACCCGCUCCACCGCUGACCACCGCACCGCCUUAUUUAUUUCCGCUUAUGAUAGUUCCACUCACAAACGUCACUUUCUCUCCGCCGCUCAUGACGGUGGACCCGUCACUCAUCUCAUGACACUAGACAACCCUAAUUAUAUCCAUUUUUCAGACCCGGUACAUUUGAACGGGUUAGUAUUCUUUACAUGCACGAACUGGGCUUAUGGGAAAUACAACCAAUACGUUCUCAACCCUACCACCCGUAAGACUUUUGAACUCCCUCAUCCUGCUUCUUUGACGGAUCGGGGACAUGGGCCCCACUGUUACUUAUUUGGGUUCGAUGAGUCUAGAAACGAACAUAAGAUCUUGAUGGUCAGGCGGCUUCUUUUUCCUCCUAAAGUCGAUAUUAUGAUUUUCUCUAUGAUAAAUUAUUCAUGGAGAAAGAUUGAUUGUGAGUGUCCUGUUGCUUUUAGAUGGUGUACUUUGUACCGUGACAUCUAUGGUAGUGUUUGUGUCAAUAGUGUAGUGUAUGUAAUGCUUCGUGGCUCGGUUGACAUUUUGGCGUUUGACUUUAGAACUGAGAAGUUUUCGAUGAUUGGCACUCUUCCAGGUUUUGUGCCACGUGAACUCACUACAAGCUACACUUUGGACGGCAAACCUUUGUACAAUGGUAACAAAGUGGUUCUCAUAAAAAUCAACGGAUGUAUAGGAGUUGUUUGUCAUGAUAAUGUGCUGCUAAGCAACGAAAUGCAUAUCUGGAGAUUACAAGACUAUGAAAAUCGUGUUUGGGUUAGGGAAGUCAUUACAUUACCCAAGCCUUGCGUCGAGUUAGAUCACCCUUACCCGCUAAAUGUUUCUAAUAUGGACGAGAUUAUCUUCUCCUCGGGCAAGGUGUCUGGGAAUGUGAUCUGCUUACCCAUCUAUAACAAGAAGAGCAAACGUUGUAAAGUGUUACGCCUUACUCUUGGUGAUGGAUUUCUAUCCCCAGAGACCGUGGAGUUCAAGCAAAUCAAGUGCUAUGCUGAAAGCAUCAUGCCAUUAUAGAGGAACAAAACAUGGCUUUUAGUGCCGAUUGCAGACACUUACACUAGUUUGUUUUGUUUCUUGCAUCUUACUUUGCAAUUUAGGUUUACACUUUGUUAAUUGGUGUCUCUUUGAUGCAUAUGAUCUUAUAGAGUUUCUACAGUUAAGGAGUUUGUUUUACCAACCCAA